AUGGCGGGGGUGUUCGACAUCGACCUGGAGACCGAGGAGGGCAGCGACGGGGACGAGCCCGAGCUGGGCGCCGAGAUGGAGCUGGAGCCCCGGGGGAACGGCCUGGAGCCGGUGGGGCACUACGAGGAGAUCGAGAUCUCGGAGAGCAGCGUCAACAACGGCCCCGAGCACAUCGGGCCCCACUGCUUCGAGCUGCUCCGCGUCCUGGGCAAGGGCGGCUACGGCAAGGUCUUCCAGGUCCGCAAAGUGCAGGGCACCAACACGGGGAAGAUCUUCGCCAUGAAGGUCCUGAAGAAGGCCAAGAUCGCCUGCAACGCCAAGGACACGGCGCACACCCGGGCCGAGAGGAACAUCCUGGAGGCCGUCAAGCACCCCUUCAUCGUCGACCUCAUCUACGCCUUCCAGACGGGCGGCAAGCUCUACCUCAUCCUGGAGUGCCUCAGCGGUGGAGAGCUCUUCAUGCAGCUGGAGCGGGAGGGGAUCUUCCUGGAGGACACCGCCUGUUUCUACCUGAGCGAGAUCACGCUGGCGCUGGGUCACCUGCACUCCCACGGCAUCAUCUACCGCGACCUCAAGCCGGAGAACAUCAUGCUCAACAGCCAAGGCCACAUCAAGCUGACGGAUUUCGGGCUGUGCAAGGAAUCGAUCCACGACGGGGCCGUCACCCACACCUUCUGCGGCACCAUCGAGUACAUGGCCCCCGAGAUCCUGGUGCGCAGCGGGCACAACCGGGCGGUGGACUGGUGGAGCCUGGGCGCCCUGAUGUACGACAUGCUCACAGGAUCGCCCCCCUUCACCGCCGAGAACCGCAAGAAGACCAUCGACAAGAUCCUCAAGGGCAAACUGGUGCUGCCGCCGUACCUGACGCCCGACGCACGGGACCUCCUCAAGAAGUUCCUCAAGAGAAACCCCAACCAGCGCGUUGGGGGGGGCCCAGGCGACGCGGCCGAUGUGCAGAAACAGCCCUUCUUCCGCCACAUCAACUGGGAGGACCUGCUGGCCCGUAGGCUGGACCCCCCCUUCAAACCCUGCCUGCAGUCGGAGGAGGACGUCAGCCAGUUCGACACCCGCUUCACCCGCCAGACGCCCGUCGACAGCCCCGAUGACGCCGCCAUCAGCGAAAGCGCCAACCAGGCUUUCCUGGGCUUCACCUACGUGGCCCCCUCGGUGCUGGAGAGCAUCAAGGAGGGGUUCUCCUUCCAGCCCAAGGUGCGCUCCCCCCGCCGCCUCAACAGCAGCCCCCGCACCCCCGUCAGCCCCGUGAAGUUCUCCCCCUUCGAGGCGUUCAAGCCGGGGACGACGGGGGAGCCGAUGGAGCUGGGGGCCAGCCUGCCCCCCCCGCCCGAGGGCACGGCCCCCCUGCCCAUCAAGACCUCCGUGGGUGCCAAGAAGCAGAAGGGGGGCCGGGGGCGGGUGCCCAGGUAG